AUGCCCUCACCCCGCAACGCGCGCCCGCGCAAGCCAUCCCGCAACGCCCGCGCCCCCGCCCGCGUUCCUCACCCGCGCGCGUCGCCCUCGCCGCCGAUUAUUCCUCGCCUCGAUUGCAUCCUGCGGCAUCCAUCUCCACCUCACCGCGGCAGAUCCCCAUUUCUCGCGCCCCCUCCCUCGCGCCUGCGACAUCCAUGCCGCCCUCGCCCUCCCGCUAAUCUCGCCGCGGUGAAGGUGGAAUCUCCGCGGCCCUCGCCCUCCCGUGUAGAUCCCUCUCCUCGAUUGCAUCCCAACGACAUCCAUCUCCACCUCAUCGCGACAUCCAUGGCAUGCCGUGCGUGGCCCCGUCUACGUCCUGCGCAUCUCGCCGUGGUGAAGAUGGAAUCGCCGCGGCAUCCAUGCCGCCCUCGCCCUCCCCCUAAUCUCACCGCGGUGGAGGUGGAAUCGCCGCGGCCCUCGCCCUCCCGCGCAGAUCCCAUCUCCCGCACCCCUCCCUCGCGCCUCGAUUGCCACGCCGCGGCUUCCAUCUCCACCCCCAGAUCACGCCGCUGCCGCUACCGUCGCACAGGCCGCCGGACCCGCUUGGGGCCGCCGAUGGGUGGGGCGACAGGACGACGCACGCGCCCAGGUGUGGGGAAGUGCUUUGUUGGGCUCAUGGAGAAGAACUUCUAUAGCUCGGAGAAUGCAAAGAUCCUAGGUUGUGAGAAAGUUCCAUCAAAUGUUGACUGGGAGUGCAGUUUCAUGUACCGUCAUCAGCCAGAAUCAAACAGCCAUGAUAUUCCUGAGCUGCUUCGUGCAAUGGUAUCUGAAUAUGCAGAAGAGGUUAUCAAACUGGCUGAACAGCUCGCAGCAGCCAUGAGUGAAAACCUUGGGCUAGACAAGGGCUACAUCGAGAAGGAGUUUUCUAAACCUUUCGUAGGCGUCAAGGUGGCAAAGUACCCCAGGUGCAGCCAUCCAGAGCUUGUAAUGGGUCUCAGGGAGCACACUGACGCUGGGGGGAUCAUACUUCUAUUUCAAGAUGAACUGAUCCCAGGUCUGGAGUUUCUGAAAGACGGUAGGUGGAUGGCAGUACCUCCAACACAAGGCAACAGGAUCCUUGUAAACCUUGGAGAUCAGAUUGAAGUGAUAACCAAUGGAACCUACAAGAGCAUAUGCCACCGGGUCCUUCCCAACAAGAACGGGAGCCGCCUAUCCAUCGCAACAUUCUAUAACCCUGGUGCCGACGCCAUAAUCUGCCCAGCUUCAAAGCUCACAUAUCCUAGCCAAUAUCGUUUCCAAGACUACCUUGAUUUCUAUUCUACUACCAAGUUUACCGAUAAGGUAUUUAGGUUCCAGACUACAAAGGCAAUAUUGAAGUGA